UAUCGACAGUGUUCAUUUCAAGGAAUUCCCAGGAUUCCACAGUUCUAAGUUCUAUUUUAAAGAAGUUGGAUUAGAUUGAAAAAAAAUGCGGUUAUUUCAAAUCGAACAGAAAAUGCUAAACAAUUGGAAGAUUGGGACUACAUGCUAAAGACUUUUUUGGAAAUGCAUUUACAAAACGUGUUGGGUGUUGUUAAAAUUGCCGGAGGCAGAGUGGCAUACUUAUUACUACGCCAACUUAUCGAUAUUUUUACCGCAUUUCUUUCUAAAGUUGCAAAACCUUUCCGUUUCGUUUAUAAUUGCCAAACUUCAAUGUGGUAAAAAUAGAAUUGUUUGCUUAUAUUACAGUGAUAAUAUAUUUAUGACCAGCAUAAAGCUUUAAGUUGAAAAUGAAGUGGAUGUAUGAACAUAGGAAAUAAUAUAAUUUGCUAUAAUCUAACUGCAGUUAAUUUAGGAUACCCGAACAGAUGUCACGUGACAUGACAACUUCUUCGUGUCAGGAAGUAAAGACGGUUUCCCUUCGAUUCGAACUGAAAAUACAUGUGUUUCCGCGAGGUGACCGGAAACCGAGAAAUAUUCUGUUUUACACCGCAAAAUAGCAAUUUCUUCACGAAAAAGAAGCUCCAGCAGUAUCUGCUUUUUAUUUAUAAAAGACCAGCGAAGUUUUAAGAUCUGGCUUGAAUAUCAACCAUAAUGACGUCGUUGGCCGAUCAAGGAAAGCGCUUGCUUGAAGCAUCCAAGAGGGGUCAGGCAGACGAAGUCAGUAUGCUAAUGACAUCAGGAGCACCAUUCACAACAGACUGGCUUGGAACCUCGCCGCUACAUCUUGCAGCCCAAUAUGGUCACACUACGACAGCUGAAGUUUUGCUCAGAGCUGGUGUAAGUCGUGAUGCAAGGACUAAGGUUGACAGAACACCAAUUCAUCUUGCAGCACAAAAUGGCCACAUUGAUAUUGUUGAUUUGCUCAUUGCUGGUGGCGCCAGUGUCAAUCACACUGAUAUGUUAAACAUGACUCCCCUCCAUUGGGCUUGUGACUCUGGUCAUGUGGAUAUUGUACGACUUCUACUCCGCAAUGGAGCAAAAAUGGACGUGGAAAGCAAGUUUAAACAGUUGCCAAUCGACAUCGCAAGGCAAAAAGGAUUUGUGGAAAUUGUCAAUGUACUUUUGGAAGAAGAGGCAUCUGAUCGUAGUCAAGGCAUCAAACGUCAAAGUCAGGCAAGUUUGACUUUGGGCACCAUAAAAAAGCGGCAAAAGACAAGGAAAUUUCCAAUGACAGCAGGUUCUUGGACAGGAGUUAUGGAUACAAAUGCUGUUCAGAAUCUUCAGAUGUUGAGAACUCAUUCACAGACUAUGGCACCAUUGGUCUCAGCUGCUGCUCUUGCCAGCUCUGCAGAACUUAAUACAAAAAAAGCAAACAUUGUGAAAGUGGAAGCAACAUCUUCCCAGGAUUCCAGUGUCCUCGAUGCUCUUGCAACUCUGGCAACUGCCACACUAAAUCAGACAACAUGCACUCUGUCAGCUCCGACGAAUUCUAUUGCCAUGGCGAUGUCUACAGUUGGGAAGCAAAAUGUUACCCUCUCACCAUUGACCAUUCCACCCAACACACCAAGUCAAUUAUUGACCAACAUUACCCCUAUCACACCCCCCAUGUGGGGGAAUGUUGGCCCACUUCAGUCUCCUCUUGCAGCCCUUUCAACCAUAUCAGCACUUUCACAGCCUGCACAACCUUCACCUUUGAACAUACCGAUGCAUCAACUUCCUUUUGCUGUUCCUAUUGGAUUCAACAGUCAGUCAGGUGGUACAGGAGGUAAUCAGUUGAUUAUCACACAAGUACCAAUCGCUGGUCAACAGAAUGGCACCUCAUUGUCUAGCUCCCAGUCCACUGUGACUGUCUCAUCUAUAACAGGAUCUGCUGUGUCAUCUGUUGUUGAUCAACCAUCUGUAGCGUCUGGUGAAACAAGUCAAGCAAACACAGCGGCUACAACUUAUCUUGUUCCUAUCGUCGGACCAGGCUCUGCUGCACAAGGUCACGUGCUGCUAUCUGCACCUGAUGGAACAACGCAAUUGAUUGUCGACGGCAAUCAACUAAGCCAGCAGUCUGCAAGCGUCGAAGUUGCGUCAACGGAAAAAAGUAGCGUUCAACCUCAGCAGGAAGGUGUCCUUCAGGUUCAGCUCACUCCAGCUAUGAUCCAACAGCUCAACCAGAAUACUGUAGAUAUACAAACUCCGCGACCAAAUGUUGUCCAUAGUAUUCUGGCACAGCCGUUGCAUAUCACUGGUCAGGUGCCUGGUCAGUUGCAAAUGGCGCUCGCUCAGGUACUCGCCGGUCAGAACACGAGUCAGACGCAGACUCCCACGACACUGCAUAACACACAAGUAGUGAUCCAGACAGUCCCGGUGGCUACGACGUCACAGCAACAAGAUUCACAACCACAGACGACGCAUGCUUCAUCUGAGCCCGUCGCAAAGACUCAUCAACAACUAUUACAACAACUAUUACAAGGACAGGGAAACACUCAAGCAACUGAUUCUCUUCCUGUCACUACUGCCCACGCGAACAGUCAAUCGACCACCAUUAGUUCCCAACUUCCCGCUACGGCCGCGCUGCAAAAUUUGCUCAGUCAAAGUUUACAAGGUGCAACUAAUACCCAGUCCCCGUCCGCUCAACCUCAACAGCAGCCAAAGGUUUUGGUUGAUCUACAGAAGAUCGUAGAAACCCAGGAACGGGAGAUGCGCGCGCGCAGGAGUUGGAAGAGAUUAGAGCAGGCUCGUCGUGAUAGCCGCAAAUAUCAAAACGAGCUGCAGCAGGCUCAGAAAGAAGCAGAGUCCUAUAAGGAUCGUCUUCAGGCAUUUAAAAAAGAUGAUGAGCCCAACGCUCACAAUGACAGCGGUGUUGGGUCUAACGAACAAUUAACUCAUCAAUUAUUUUUGCAAACUGGAAGUCUUGAGGGUCUUACAUCAAGUAAUCUGAUGUCUACUGAUGCUGUCGACAUGCUCAGUCAAGUUGCUCAACAGGGAAAUGCCGGUACUGAAGGGGAUGUUGACGAGACUGUCGUGGAUGAAGGAGAUAUUUAAAGCAUCAAUAGAAUAUUAUACUGUGCAUGUUAAAUCCAAAAUACACUCUCGAAUUGCUCCAAACUGUGUACGUCGGAAUUUUAAAUAUGUAUAAAAUUUGUAAUAUUUUGAACCUCGGCAGUAAAACUUUGAGGUUUAGAAGAGGUAGAUAUAUUGGCCCAGCAGUUGGGUCAAUCAAAUGUGAAUAUUUCAAAACAUUAUUUUUCUUUUGUAGUUAGCUAAUUAAGAUAAAUAUAUAUUCGCGAAGUA